CUCACUCACUCACUUACUCAACUGUCGUCCCUGUGGUUAAACCUCCAAUAAUUUAAUCCUUACAACUUCAACCUGUCUACCUAAUUUCCAAAGUCCACACUUAUAUCUCAUUGUAUAACAUCGAAAGACUAAGCCUUGGUUGCUCUUUAUUGUUCAUAACCUCAAAUACUGCGAAUUUGUGAAAUUAAAACCUGCUUGGUUCAGCAAUACAUACAUACAUCCACUACCCACUACCCAGCUCGUCGCUUAUAAGAGCGAAGGGUCACAAACCACCAAACCAGAGACAAAUAUCUUAUUAAGAUCCUCAAGCUCUAUAAAAAUGGCGUUACCAACCCCAGAGACUCAAGCCAAGGUAGCUAGCGAAGCCGCCCAAUCCUUCGUAGACCACUUCUACGAAGCCCUCAGCAAGCGGCGUCCCAUCAGCCAAUUCUACGCCUCCACCUCGCCCCGCCUAACCGCCGCCGGCGCCAAACCCGACAUCAGCAUAAACGGCCUCCUAGUCCCCGACGCAUCCGCCUACGAGGCGCUGCUAGAAACCCAAGGCGGCCCCGUAACCUACGACGUCGCCUCCUUCGACGCGCACCCCGUGAACCCGUGCUACCGCCUCGGCGAGCCGGAAGCAACAGCUAGCGUCGGCCCAGGCCGCGACGCUACUACCGCCGCGGCCGUGCGGAACGGCGACAGGCUGAGCUUCGCGGUCCAGGUCAGCGGGGUGGUGAGGUACGGGCGGGGGCACGGGGACGGGAAGGCCGGGGACGCAGUGGUGGUGGCUGUAGGGGGAGUUGGAGUUGGAGGGGAUACUAGCGGCAACAACGACAACGAGCCCCUCGAGAAGCUGUUUAACGAGUCGUUUCUACUGGUGCCGCAUUGGGAGGCUUGGGGGAGGAAUGCGCCCCGCGGCCUGAGGAAGUGGGUUAUUGUUAGCCAGAACUUCCGCGCUCUGUAAGGGGGGAGAGGGGGGGACUAGGUAGUUAGUCGGAUGAGGGAUGAGGGAUAAGGGAGGGAUGAAGCAAACUCGUAAAGGGUGCGAGCAAACGGAGCGAGGCCGUGGAUUUCUAACGCCCUUGCAUGUUUUGAUAGAUAAGGCAGCU